AUGGCCAGAAUCCGUGCUUUUGAUGUCUUCGCAUUUGCAUUGGUCGGGUUUGCUGGUAUAUAUAGUGGAACCCAGUUUUUUGAACCUAUAGUCAUCGAGAGACUGAAGAAAGACGGAAACCUCAGAACAGAUGUAGAAAUUCCGCAGUACGAUGAAGAGGGGAAUCCUCUCUCUCCUAAAUCGAUGCUCGAAAUCAAGCAAGAGUUAGAAAAGAUACAACAGCACCAGAAGCUAGAAUCAACCGAAAUAUCGAAAGAAAACUGA